GAUGUAUUAUAGGUUCCUCCUCAGUCUUUGUCUUCACCAACCCCAAAUUCUAAAUUCUCUCUCCGAUUCGAUCCGAUGGCUGCGAACGCCGUCUCGCUAUCAAUCUCAUCAUCCGUCGCCUCCUCGAAGUCUCUCCACUCUCUUCAAGCUCAAGCCCGCUUCUUGAUUCCCCCACCAACCAUUUCCUUCCCAAAGUCGUCGUCUUUAUCUUCUUCCACCACUGUCUCCAUCUCCAGGUCCCGUGUUCGAGCCGGUCCCAGCCAGCUUGUUAACGAACCUGCUAACGCCAUGGCCACUCCUCCCACUAUAGUCGAGGUUGAUUUGGGUAGCCGGAGCUAUCCCAUCUACAUCGGCGCCGGCUUGCUCGAUCAAUCACAUCUCCUUCAAAGGCAUGUUCACGGGAAGAAAGUGCUUGUGGUGACUAACGAACGAGUUGCUCCUCUGUACCUGGACAAGACUGUGCAUGCUUUGACUAUUGGGAACCCAAACGUGACUGUGGAGUCUGUUAUUCUCCCUGAUGGAGAGAAAUACAAAGACAUGGAUACUCUAAUGAAAGUCUUCGACAAGGCCAUUGAGUCUCGCCUUGAUAGACGAUCUACUUUUGUUGCUCUUGGUGGUGGUGUUAUUGGCGAUAUGUGUGGCUACGCUGCUGCUUCUUACCUCCGUGGUGUUAACUUCAUCCAGAUCCCCACCACUGUCAUGGCACAGGUUGAUUCUUCUGUUGGUGGCAAAACAGGCAUAAACCAUCGUCUUGGAAAGAAUUUGAUCGGCGCGUUUUACCAGCCGCAGUGUGUGCUAGUUGACACCGACACGUUGAACACGCUGCCGGACAGGGAGAUGGCUUCGGGUCUAGCUGAAGUGAUCAAGUAUGGACUUAUCAGGGAUGCUGACUUCUUUGAGUGGCAGGAGAAGAACAUUGAGGCUCUCCUUGCUAGGGAUCCGGCUGCAUUAGCUUAUGCUAUAAAGCGAUCAUGUGAGAACAAGGCGGAUGUUGUGUCACAGGAUGAGAAAGAAAGCGGCUUGCGAGCUACCCUUAAUUUGGGUCAUACCUUUGGCCAUGCUAUAGAGACUGGCUUCGGGUAUGGAGAGUGGCUCCACGGAGAAGCUGUUGCAGCUGGCACGGUAAUGGCAGUGGACAUGUCACAUCGUCUUGGCUGGAUAGAUGACUCAAUCGUGGAGAGAGUGAACAACAUCUUGAAACGAGCGAAAUUGCCUACAACGCCGCCGGAGAGCAUGACCGUGAGCAUGUUCAAGUCCAUAAUGGCUGUUGACAAGAAAGUGGCUGAUGGACUGCUGAGGCUGAUUCUCCUGAAAGGUCCGCUGGGAAACUGCGUUUUCACGGGAGAUUAUGAUCGGGAGGCGUUGGAUGCUACGCUCCGUGCAUUCUCCAAAUCCUGAGAACUUUCUUCUUCUUCUUCUUUCCACUGAUUUUUGUUUUGUUUGGUUUUUUUUUUUUUUCAGAUAUGAAUAUGUACCGUUGUAUACCCAACUUGUAACUAGCUUUGUGGAAUGUGACAAUAAUGAGGUUCUAAAAUAUAUAACUAGCCCGCUUCAAACUCUUAAAUCAAUUUGGAUACCUACGUUUGGAGUUAAA